AUAGGAGGAGUUAUGAAUGUUUUAUGCCAUUUUUAGGAGGACUUAUAAAUGUUCUAUGCCAUUUUUAAACUAUGAGAAAUCACAUAGCAAGAGUUUAUGUAAACCCGUAUACUUGUAAAACCCAUAUCCAAUUAAUACACUUUAAUUUCUUACAAUAAGUUAUUGGAUGUGUGUUUAUGAGUUGUAUUGUACUAUAUAUAUAUGUGUGUGUCUUAUCCAAUGUUUGAUUUUUAUUUCAGACAUUGAAUUUUUGAAAACCCAGAAAAGAAAUAGUGUAAUUUAUAAUAAUUAUCCAGAAAUGAAACAAAUUGCUUGCAAUUGAAGGCACUUUGCAGUUACAGGCCCCUUGUUUCUUCAUCGUCAAUCAAUCGAAGCCGAAGCCCUAUCUCUUCCUCCUCCCAAAACAACCCUAGCCUUUCAUUUCCUAUCGCGCUGGCGCUCAUGGGUCGUGAAACGUCUACUGAGUUAACCCUCACAACCCCAUCGCUGACCGGAGAGCAUGAAUUAGAGGCUAUAUCCGGAAAAGGAUCGGCGACGGCGGGACCAUCUGGUACGGCGGCUAGAACACCCAAAACGGCAUCUUCGACAGCGUUGGCACCUGGGUUCCGAUUCCAUCCUACCGAUGAGGAGCUUGUGAGCUACUAUUUGAAGCGGAAAGUCACUAAGAAACCCGUCCGCUUCAACGCCAUUGCUGAAGUUGACAUCUACAAGAACGAGCCCUGGGACCUUUCCGGAAAGUCGAGGUUUAAGACAAGGGACCAAGAAUGGUAUUUUUUCAGUGCAUUGGACAAGAAGUAUGGGAAUGGGGCGAGAAUGAAUAGGGCCACUGGAAAAGGAUAUUGGAAGGCAACUGGCAAGGACCGCGAGGUUCGUCAUGAUUCUCAGGUGAUUGCAAUGAAGAAAACUCUUGUGUUCCAUGCUGGCCGAGCCCCAGAUGGGAAACGUACUAAUUGGGUCAUGCAUGAGUAUCGGCUUAUCGAUGACGAAUUGGAAAAGAUUGGAGCAUCUCAGAUGGAAGGAUAUGUUUUGUGUCGAGUAUUUCACAAGAGUAAUAUAGGGCCACCCAACGGGAAUAGAUAUGCACCUUUUGUUGAAGAGGAAUGGGAUGAUGGCCAACAAGCUUUGGUCCCAGGGUUAGAUGCUGCAGACGAUGGGGUGGCUGGUGAUGACGCUUAUGUCGACAGAAAUGAAUUUCCACAGGAUAGUAACGCCUUUGAUAAGGAUCCUCUUGGUCGCAAUGAACUUCUGAGAGGCACCCGAGGUGUUUUACCCAAGUGCAAGCGUGAACGAUUGGAGGAUUAUCCUCCAGUUUGUGUGCUUAACACAGAAGCCCCUGUCCCGCUACUCCAGUAUAAGCGGAGAAGGCAUAACGAUUCAGGUCCUAACCACUCAAAUGGUUCAGAUAGUUCAACGAGGACAACUCAAGACGGUUCCUCUUCUACAAGCUCGAUGAUGACGACAAGUUCUCCGAAUGCUGCAACAACAACAGCGAUAUCUGCAUUGCUGGAAUUCUCACUUCUGGGGUCUAUGGAAAUGGAACCCAAAGAGGUUCCUCGUUUUCAUGCUCCGUCCUUUGAUGCCAAUCUUGACACAUCGGUGCCUCCAAGCUGUGUGAAGUUAAUCAAUGAUUUGCAUAAUGAGAUUCACAAGAUAUCUGUUGAGAGGGAGUCCUUGAAGCUUGAAAUGUUCAGCACUCAAGCGAUGAUCAACAUUCUUCAAUCCCGAAUUGAUUUCCUGAACAAGGAAAACGAGGAACUGAAGCGGAGGAAGACUCGGGAUGUUUAGAAUCAUGCCCCGAUCUAAUAACGACUCCUUUAUCUGCUGUCUCUCUUUAUUUCCAACUGUUAAAAGACUAAUCACCCAGUGAUGGAACCUUGUCUGUAAAAAUAAGGGUGGGGUUGUUUUCUGUUGUAGAAGCACCAGAUUGUCGGACUUUGUUUAUCUGUAAUAGAUCUUUUAAGUUCAAACUCAAACCUGUAUGUGUUCCCUACCAGCUUGGGGAUGUAUUUGGUGGUUCAUGAUUCAUGAGUUAUUCCUGCAA